UUCAACACGCCGCUAUUCAUCAGCCAUUUUUAUUAUUAGAAGCUGCACGAAAAUAUAGCAUAGCAACAUAUCCUUCGACAUUUCAAGGAUUUAGGUCAAGUAUCGUCGCAGGGAGAAGUAAGUUAUUUUUUUUUUACAAAGGAGUUUGGUGUCCAGUGAAAUAAUCCCCCGCCAAAAACAUGGGAACAAUAGCCUUGACUGUUGUCCCCCUAGCUAAUUUGUUAACGUGCUGUUAGCUAACUAGCUACAGGGGCCUUGUUGUUGUCGCCCAGUAACUUACCUUGAUUUAGCAACAAAACAAAUUGCUAACUGAAGUCAAGGAUACACAAUUCAGAGUUCAUUAUCAACGUGUCUUGGUAAUAUAACAACUGAAAAUCGCCACAUGGCUAUCGAAAGCCCCUCACGUUUAACUUAGCUAGCUAAUGCAGGUUUUGUGCUUGCUAGCCAGUUAGCAUGGGUAGCUAACUAGCCACUUUGAUACGAAGUUCAAAACUAAGAGAAAACAGUUAGCUAGUUAUGUAAGCAUUCUAUAAAACCGUAGAGAAUGUUGGCCAGAAACCCAAGUAUACCAGAGCAACAUUGGUUUCCUAACGAUAACUAACCGUACCUAACAUUAGGUAACUAUCUUAAGUGUGUUGUUUGUCUUUUCUGUUCACCGCUGUUUUCUUGUCUUUUGUGUGCGUGAGACGUCAAUCAUCUGGUUGAAAAUUGUUUCAGAAUCGCGCAACUCGUUAUGUUACGCAAUCCAUCCACGAUACUCUCUUCUGAACGUUGUUGCGCGGGAUCCAAUGCCAUGCUAGUGACAUCUUUGCGUAUCCAUCAACCCUGCAUUCUCUAGCUUUCCUGGUUUUGUGCAUCUUUUAAACUGACAGCAAGACUGUUAAAGCAACUCUGAGACUAAUAUUCUCGGAAUAUAUGAUUCAAAUGUUCUCUCUCUUAGUGCGACCCUUAUGUUAAACUGUAGCGUGUGUGUCCAGGCCUUGCAGACAUGUCUGACUUCAUCGAUAGCGAGGCUGAGGAGUCAGAGGAGGAGUUUGAAGAGAAAGACCUGAAGCCCAAGAAGACGCAGGCGUUUAUGGAUGAUGGUGAGCUUGAGCACAUGAUUACAAUUUACUGAUUUCUUAUGGAAUCAUCAGAAGGUGUGAGUGUGACGCAUGAAUGUCUCUCCGCCCUUGCAUGUCUUCAUCAGUGUUAUGAGCAAAUGUGUUUGCAUGUGUGUUUAACUCUUCCUCCUCCCCCAACAGAGGAAGAGGAGGAAGAGUUAAACACAGAGGACCAGGAUGAGCACGGGAACCUGAUGGGGCUCAUCGACGAUGAUGUGGAUGAAGAUGAGGAAGAUGAAGAAAAGAAGAGCGGAGGAGCGGGCAGCGGCAGUGACUCAGAGGAUGAAGUCAGACACAGGCGCAAGAAACGCAGUGAGUUAGGGCUUCAGGGCUGUUUGAGAGUUUUCAUUCCAAAAAACUCAUAGUCUUGCCUAGUAGAUAAAUGAAAGCAAUUUUAUGGAAGCUAAUUUCUGCUCUGUGGCACCUCUUUCUCUCUCCCUCCUCCCAGACUAUGAUGACUACCUGGAUGAUGAUGAUCUGGACCUCAUUGAGGAGAACUUGGGGGUCAAAGUCAAGAGGAGGGUAAGCAGUCACUUCCUGUUAGGGUUAGCAGUCACUUCCUUUCUGGGUUAGGGUAUGCAAUCACUUCAAUUAUUAUCAGAUAAUUAUUAUCUAAAAGGCUAAAUUGAUCCUAUAUCAGCAUUAGUAAUGGCACACAUUCAAGUAUCAUAUGAACGCAUAACCGAAAUGGUCCCCAGUUUAAACCUCUCUCCCCCUCCUCUCCAUCCUCUGUGAGGACAUGGACCCCAGUUUAAACCUCUCUCCCCCUCCUCUCCAUCCUCUGUGAGGACAUGGACCCCAGUUUAAACCUCUCUCUCCAUCCUCUGUGGUCCUGACAGAAGAAGAAGUAUGACCGCGUGAAGACGAUGGACGAUGAUGAAGAUGACGAGAAAGAUCAGAUCGCAGACGAGAUCUUCCACAGAGGAGACGACGAGGACGGAGAGGGGGAGCUGGAGGAGGGAGAGACCGUCGACCCGCCUCUACGUCGCCAUGGUGAACGCCUCGACGAAGAAGAGGAAGAGGAGGGAGAGGAGGAGUCGGGUACUUUUGAUUAUGAUAAUGUUACACAUUUUAAUAUCUGAACAUAUUACAGGACAUGGCAUUAUGCAUCAUUUUGGCUGAACACUUCCUGGCUCUGAAAAUCACUGUUUUUAUCUCCCACAGAUAUUGACGACUUUAUCGUGGACGACGAUGGCCAGCCUAUCACCAAGAAGAGAGGCAAGAAGUUCUCAGGAUACACGGACGCGUGAGUGUUCAUUCUCCUCAGGGUUAGGGAUGGUGUUCACUCACCUCCUCAGGGUUAGGGAUGGUGUUCACUCACCUCCUCAGGGUUAGGGAUGGUGUUCACUCACCUCCUCAGGGUUAGGGAUGGUGUUCACUCACCUCCUCAGGGUUAGGGAUGGUGUUCACUCACCUCCUCAGGGUUAGGGAUGGUGUUCACUCACCUCCUCAGGGUUAGGGAUGGUGUUCACUCACCUCCUCAGGGUUAGGGAUGGUGUUCACUCACCUCCUCAGGGUUAGGGAUGGUGUUCACUCACCUCCUCAGGGUUAGGGUUAGUGUUCACUCACCUCCUCAGGGUUAGGGAUAGUGUUCACUCACCUCCUCAUGGUUAGGGAUGGUGUUCACUCACCUCCUCAGGGUUAGGGAUGGUGUUCACUCACCUCCUCAGGGUUAGGGAUGGUGUUCACUCACCUCCUCAGGGUUAGGGAUGGUGUUCACUCACCACCUCAGGGUUAGGGAUGGUGUUCACUCACCUCCUCAGGGUUAGGGAUGGUGUUCACUCACCUCCUCAGGGUUAGGGAUGGUGUUCACUCACCUCCUCAGGGUUAGGGAUGGUGUUCACUCACCUCCUCAGGGUUAGGGAUGGUGUUCACUCACCUCCUCAGGGUUAGGGAUGGUGUUCACUCACCUCCUCAGGGUUAGGGAUGGUGUUCACUCACCUCCUCAGGGUUAGGGAUGGUGUUCACUCACCUCCUCAGGGUUAGGGAUGGUGUUCACUCACCUCCUCAGGGUUAGGGUUGGUGUUCACUCACCUCAGGGUUAGGGAUGGUGUUCACUCACCACCUCAGGGUUAGGGAUGGUGUUCACUCACCUCCUCAGGGUUAGGGAUGGUGUUCACUCACCUCCUCAGGGUUAGGGAUGGUGUUCACUCACCUCCUCAGGGUUAGGGAUGGUGUUCACUCACCUCCUCAGGGUGAGGGAUAGUGUUCACUCACCUCCUCAUGGUUAGUGUAGACAGAACUGUAUACUAUCCCAUUCGUUCUAGUGGUUUCCUUCCAACAUAGAAAAUACUGAACAACUAUUGAGAGCAGUAUAUUUUGAAUGCUCACCUGUUCCCUCUGUUCUCCGCCCAUCUACAGAGCCCUCCAGGAAGCUCAGGAGAUCUUCGGCGGUGACUUUGACUUUGCGGAGUUCGACGCUGACGGUGCGUAUGAACAGGGUGAGGAAGAGGAGGAGGACCAGGAUGAAGAGGGCUGGGACCGGCCCAAGAAGCCGACGAAGAGGAGGGUGGGGAGGAAGAGUAUCUUCGAGCUCUACGAGCCCAGCGAGCUGGAGAGUAGUCACAUGACUGACCAGGACAACGAGAUCCGGUCCACAGACAUGCCAGAGAGGUUCCAGGUAGGGUUGUGUGUUUCUGUUUCACCCUCCUGUGUCCUUGGAAUAUAGUUGUGAUAUCUUAAUGAAGCCGUGUAUGUGUUUCCUAUUCCCUCUGAUCUGUCCAAUAGCUGCGUUCCAUCCCAGUGAAGCCUGCUGAGGAUGAUGAGUUGGAGGAAGAGGCAGAGUGGAUCUACAGAAACGCCUUCUCAACCCCCACCAUCUCCAUGCAGGUAGGAACCUCUGACCACACUACACACUGGCUACAAACACACGCUACACACUGACUACAUACACACUGACUACAAACACACACUACACACUGACUACAUACACACUGACUACAAACACACACUACACACUGACUACAAACACACACUACACACUGACUACAUACACACUGACUACAAACACACACUACACACUGACUACAUACACACUGACUACAAACACACACUACACACUGACUACAUACACACUGACUACAACACACUGACUACAAACACACUGACUACAAACACACACUACACACUGACUACAUACACACUGUCUACAAACACACACUACAUACACAACUGACUACAAACACACGCUACUCACUGACUACAUACACACGCGUGACUACAAACACGCACUACACACUGACUACAUACACACUGACUACAAACACACACUACACACUAACUACAUACACACUGACUACAAACACACACUAUACACUGACUACAAACACACACAACACACACUACACACUGACUACAAACACACUGACUACAAACUACACUGACUACAAACACACUGACUACAAACACACGCUACACACUGACUACAAACACAGUGCCUCAGCCCCUCCCACCAUGUCUAUACAGGUAAUAACCACUGACCUACUGUAGAGUGAUUCCAUAUGAAACCAGCACAAAGAAAGAACAUGAUUUUGGGGGUUUUCAUGAAAUCUUAUCAAUAGAAUGGUCCUUUGGAGGAGGGAAAAUAGUUUUAACUUACAGACAACCAACAGCCCAAUUCCUCACUCCAUAUCCCACUUCAUAUUCUUCAUUCAGUACCUCGCCCUCAGUAUCAUACAACACAUGAACAGCACAGACCUUACUCUCAUUGUUUAAAAAUGAUCAACUGUUUUCUGUUUGUUCAGGAGAGUACAGAUUACCUGGACAGAGGAACCACCACUAACUUCAGCAGGAAGGGUCCCAGCACCAUCGCCAAGAUUAAGGAGGCCCUCAACUUCAUGAGGAAUCAGCAUUUUGAGGUACACUGCCUUGAUACUAAACGUGUGUGUGUAGUGGCUAAGGUUCUAUCAGUGUGUGUGUGUGUGUGUGUGUAGUGGCUAAGGUUCUAACAGUGUGUGUGUAGUGGCUAAGGUUCUAUCAGUGUGUGUGUGUAGUGGCUAAGGUUCUAACGGUGUGUGUGUAGUGGCUAAGGUUCUAUCAGUGUGUGUGUAGUGGCUAAGGUUCUAUCAGUGUGUGUGUGUGUAGUGGCUAAGGUUCUAACAGUGUGUGUGUGUAGUGGCUAAGGUUCUAACAGUGUGUGUGUGUAGUGGCUAAGGUUCUAACAGUGUGUGUGUUUGUCUCUGUUCUUACCUCCUCUACGUUCUCUGUUCCCUCCAGGUUCCGUUCAUCGCAUUCUACAGGAAGGAGUACGUGGAACCGGAGCUCAACAUCAACGACCUGUGGAAGGUCUGGCAGUGGGACGAGAAGGUAAAGGGAUGACCUCAUCACAACCUUUGACAUCUGACCUUGAGGCUCACACACCUCUGUGUUUACCAGCAGAUAGUCACCGUGGCUUAGGUUGUUACAACUGUAAUCCAAAAGCCUCGUUCCAUUUGUUGUUUGUCCUCAUAUUGACCCACUUCCUGUCCCUCGACCACCCUGACCUCAGUGGUGCCAGCUGAAGAGCAGGAAGCAGAACCUGACACGUCUGUUCCGGAGGAUGCAGGGGUACCAGUAUGAGCAGAUCUCUGCCGACCCUGACAAACCCCUGGCUGACGGCAUCAGACCCCUGGACACGGCUGAUAUGGAGAGGUACGGUUCCACACAGGGUCCAAAAUGGCACCCUAUCCUAUAUAGUGCACUACUUUUGACCAGUAUAAGUAUCCAUGUAGAGGUACGUACAUCUAGACACAGGGCCAUAGGAGAACAGUGAUAUUAAGGGGGUCAGUGGGACCCGUGAUUGACAAGCUCGAUCCUGUACAUUGUGUAAACUUGAAGCAACAGCUCUAAAAGGACAGAGAAGGGAUAUUGUUGAUAUAGAAGUUCAGGAAUCAAUGCAAUUUUUGAUGAGAUGGUGGUCUUUCCCACGACGUGAGCUCUAGGGUUGUAAUGCACUAGGGGCCAGUUUCCCGGACACAGAUGAAGCAGAGAUUUUCUUUAUAUUUUUUUCAGGACUAGGCUUAGUCUGUGUCUAGGAAGUUGACUCAGAUUUCCCAUAACAUGAUGGUACAUCAAAGUUCAGAAGCCUCAUAUCCCCAUGUCUUCACAGAAGACAAGACCCAUUUAGUAAAGUCCAGCUAGUCUGUUUCCCUCCCCGAUCCAAUCCUCUCCUCUCCUCCUCUCCCUUCUCCUCCACCCCUGCAGACUGAAGGACGUCCAGUCUAUAGAUGAGCUGAGUGAUGUGUACAGCCACUUCCUGCUGUACUACGGCCGAGACAUCCCCAAGAUGCAGAACGCAGCCAAGGCCGCCAGCAAGAAGAAGAAGAAGAUGAAGAAGAAGAUUGAGGUUAACGAGGAAGGUAGGACGCCAUGUUGACAACUGUUGAGAAUUAUAACUGAUGACUAUUAUGGUAAAUAUCUAUAUUGUUACCCAGAAAUGAUUUGAUAACUAGAUCAAAAUGGCUGCCAAGAGGAUUCCGAUGUUUCCUUAUUUCUUUGACGUUACACCUUGAGACAGAUGGCUAAAAUAUCAAAGAAAGGUGUCAUUUUUGUAUGACGUAAAAUAACAACACCUUUUGAACAACCAUCUUUUGUAUUUUUUGUGUGAUUUUUCCACCCUCCACACAUCAUGUCUCUUCCCAUUCCUUUCAGGUGAGGAGGAAGAGGUGGAGGAAGAGGAGGAGGAGGAAGAGAAGGGGCCGGACCUGAAGCUGGCAUCUCGUAGAGACAUGUACAGCAUCUGUCAGAGCGCCGGGCUCGGUGAGUCACCUCUGACCUCUCGUCUAUUUAUCCAUCCUUAAUGGGACCUACGCUUGACUUCAUUGGGCUUGUGACGGAUGAAAGGGGCUUGACGUGAAAUGGGAAGAAAAUACACCCUGCUCUGCCUCAAGACAUUACUUCUGGCAAUCUGUCUCAUCCUUUUCAUAUUCAGCGGAGGCUGACAUGUUCAAAUAUGAAUGUUAAUGUCUAGACGCUUCGCUUCAGGUUCUCACAAAAUGUCUUACUGAUCUUGUACCACAAUGCCAUUGCUCACUCUCUCUCUCUGUCUCUCUCGCUCUCUUGCUCUCUCGCUCUCUCUCUCUCUCUCUUUCUUUAUUUCUCUGUCUCUCAGAUGGCCUGGCUAAGAAGUUUGGUCUGACUCCAGAGCAGUUUGGAGAGAAUCUGAGAGACAGCUACCAGCGUCAUGAGACAGAGCAGUUCCCUGCCGAGCCUAUAGAGCUGGCCAAAGACUACGUCUGCAGGUAAACACACACACACAGCAGGGUAAGACCCAUUACUCUGUAGAGCUGGCCAAAGACUACGUCUGCAGGUAAACACACACACACACUAACCCCUCUACCUCUCCCUCUGUCUGUGUGUGUAGUCAGUUUAACAGCCCUGAGGCGGUGUUGGAGGGGACCCGUUACAUGGUUGCGAUGCAAAUUGCCAGAGAGCCUCUGGUGAGACACGUCCUCAGACAGACAUUCCAGGAGAGAGCCAAGAUCAACAUCAAGCCCACUAAGAAGGGAAAGAAGGUACAGGAACCAAGACAAGGCACUAACAGUAUUCAUGUUAUUUAUGGUAGUGUCGUGGUAAUUAUUCUAAUCAAAGGAGAGACUUUUUUAGAUUUCUUCAAAACCAUCAAACUUUAUUAAUAAUUACUGCAGUAAUGGAGCGUUAGCGGUCACCCAAUGGUGCAGAGUUAAGGACCAAAUAAGCAGGGUUAGGUUACAACUCUAUAUAGUCUUGAGUCCUCGUGACAAAGAACAGAUACACUACCGUUCAAAGGUUUGGGGUCACUUAGAAAUGUCCUUGUUUUCCAUGAAAACAUACAUGAAAUGAGUUCGAAUAGAAAAUAUAGCAAAAUGCAUAGGGAAUGUAGUCAUUAUCAAGGUUAGAAAUAAUGAUUUUUAAUUGAAAUAAUAAUUGUGUCCUUCAAACUUUGCAGCAAUUACAGCCUUGCAGACCUUUUGGCAUUCUAGUUGUCAAUUUGUUGAGGUAAUCUGAAGAGAUUUCACCCCCUGCUUCCUGAAACACCUCCCACAAGUUGGAUUGGCUUGAUGUGCACUUCUUACGUACCAUACGGUCAAGCUGCUCCCAUAACAGCUCAAUAGGGUUAAGAUCCAGUGACUGUGCUGGCCACUCCAUUAUAGACAGCAUACCAGCUGACUGCUUCUUCCCUAAAUAGUUAUUGCAUAGUUUGGAGCUGUGCUUUGGGUCAUUGUCCUGUUGUAGGAGGAAAUUGGCUCCAAUCAAGCGCUGUCCACAGGGUAUGGCAUGGUGUUGCAAAAUGGAGUGAUAGCCUUCCUUCUUCAAGAUCCCUUCUCCCUGUACAAAUCUCCCACUUUACCACCACCAAAGCACCCCCAGACCAUCACAUUGCCUCCACCAUGCUUGACAGAUGGCAUCAAGCACUCCUCCAGCAUCUUUUCAUUUGGUCUGUGUCUCACAAAUGUUCUUCUUUGUGAUCCGAACGCCUCAAACUUCGAUUCGUCUGUCCAUAACACUUUUUUCCAAUCUUCCUCUGUCCAGUGUCUGUGUUCUUUUGCCCAUCUUAAUCUUUUCUUUUUAUUGGCCAGUCUUAGAUAUGGCUUUUUCUUUGCAACUCUGCCUAGAAGUUCAGCAUCCCGGAGUCGCCUCUUCACUGUUGACGUUGAGACUGGUGUUUUGCAGGUACUAUUUAAUGAAGCUGCCAGUUGAGGACCUGUGAGGCGCCUGUUUCUCAAACUAGACACUCUGUAUUUGUCCUCUUGCUCAGUUGUGCACUGGGGCCUCCCACUCCUCUUUCUAUUCUGGUUAGAGCCCGUUUGCGCUGUUCUGUGAAGGGAGUAGUACACAGCGUUGUACGAGAUCUUCAGUUUCUUGGCAAUUUCUCGCAUGGAAUAGCCUUCAUUUCUCAGAACAAGAAUAGACUGACGAGUUUCAGAAGAAAGAUCAUUGUUUCUGGCCAUUUUGAGCCUGUAAUCGAACCCACAAUUGCUGAUGCUCCAGAUACUCAACUAGUCUCAAGAAGGCCAGUUUUAUUGCUUCUUUAAUGAGCACAACAGUUUUCAGCUGUUCUAACAUAAUUGCAAAAGGUUUUUUUAAUGAUCAAUUAGCCUUUUUAAAAUGAUAAACUUGGAUUAGCAAUCACAACGUGCCAUUGGAACACAGGACUGAUGGUUGCUGAUAAUGGGCCUCUGUACGCCUAUGUAGAUAUUCCAUUUAAAAAUCAGCAGUUUCCAGCUACAAUAGCCAUUUACAACAUUAACAAUGUCUACACUGUAUUUCUGAUCCAUUUGAUGUUAUUUUAAUGACAAAAAAAAAUGCUUUUCCUUCGAAAACAAGGACAUUUCUAAGUGACCCCAAACUUUUGAAUGGUAGGAUAUGUGAAAUUAUACAAAGGUACAUUGUGCUCUCAUGCAACAGACAGCAAGAUUUACAUGGCGCCAAAUAUCUGUCUAUAGGUCAUUUACUACUUGUUUAUACAGAAAUACUAAUGCAACAAGUCCAGUGUUCGUUAAUAACCUGGAGGGAGACCAGCAUUUCUCACACACACACACACACUACUAAUGGAUUGGAGUGUUGUCUUAUCACCAAGCCAGCCUCAGAGGCUCCUCUCGGAAGAACAGACAUUGUGAAAGUACUAAUAAAGGAAUACAUUCUAAUAUAAAAGUAAUGUGAUUUAACAUAAUGUAAUUCUACCACAGUAGGUAUCUAGAGCAGAUGCUUUCCUCUGCAUCACAAUUGCUUUACUAUUGUUUAACUGUGAAGGAACUAACCUGUGAAACAGUGCUGAUCUAACAUGUAUAACAAAUGAUCAGUGAGACCUGUCUUUAGAUGACAGCCAACAUAACAAACACUUACCAAAAAAAUGCAGACAAUACAACAGCACAUUGGUAUUAUACCAUUUUAAAGUUCAUGUAAGGGUUUCGAAUACCAUGUCGUAUUAAUUUGACUCCUGCAACAAAUGGUUUAAGACUGUCCUCUUUGCUGUGCUCAUGCCAUGUUGACCUGACUCCGGUUUGUUAUAGGACAUGGAUGAGGCCCACUUUGGCUACUCCUUCAAGUACCUGAAGAACAAGCCAGUGAAGGAGCUGAACGGAGAUCAGUUCUUAAAGAUGUGCCAGGCUGAGGAGGAGGGGCUUCUCACCAUAGACAUCUGCAUCGACCUCUUAGGGGUCAAAGGGUAAGGCGGGGUGGCAUCGACCUCAUAGGGGUCAAAGGGUAAGAGGGAGGGCCAAACCAUAGAGAAUGAUAGAGGCCUCUAGGGGCCAAAAGGCCGUAUUACCAUGGGCAGCACCAUUGAGGGCUUCCACCAUUUUAAUGUAGUCAACUGAGUGGGACUUCCGACUUCAUUGGCUGAUGCCUCCUAGUGACCCUGUUGGAGUCAUGUACAACCCUUUCAUCAGGAAGGAUCAGCCAAUCGUAUAGAAGAAAAUGGACUACUUCAAAACAGCCUCAAUGGUGCUUCCCAUGCUGUCACAGCUGCUAUAAUGGCAGAGAUGAAAAAGAUGAGACCUCUAUCUCUAUGGACUAAACUCAUGAGUUACAGAUUCAGUCUCUGAAUGGUCAAACUCACAACCCCCCCCCCCCACCCCCCACCCUCUUCUCUCCUGCCACUCCUCCCCUCCUCCCCCUGAUCCUCUGCACCACCCCUCCCUCUCUCUGACCACACCCCUCCCCCCUCCCUCUCCCCCCCCUCCCCCCCCCCUCCCCCUCUCUGCCACCCCUCCCCCCCCCCCUCCGUCUCUCUCUGCCACCCCCCCCCCCUCCUCCGUCUCUCUCUCCCCCCUCCCCCUCUCCCCUCCCUCUCUUCUGCCACCCCCCCCUCCGUCCCUCUGCCCCCUCCCUCCCCCCUCUCUCUCUCUCCCUCCUCCCCUCCUCCUGCCACCCCUCCCCUCUCCCUCUCCUGCCCCCCUCCCCCUCCUCUCUCUCCCUCUCUCUCCCACCCCUCCUCCCCCUCCCUCUCUCUCUCUGCCACCCCCCCCCCUCUCCUCUCCUCUCUUUCUCACCUCCCCCCUCCUCUCUCUCUCCUCUCUGCCACCCCUCCCCUCUCUCUCUCCCCCCUCUCCGUCUCUCUCUGCCACCCCUCCCCUCUCUCUCCCAGGGUUGCAGGUGACCAGACGUACUUUGAUGAGAUCAAGCAGUUUUACUACAGAGAUGAGUUCAGUCACCAGGUCCAGGAGUGGAACAGACAGAGGACCCUGGCCAUAGAGAGGUCCCUCACACAGUUCCUGUACCCUCAGAUGGCCAAGGAACUCAAGAACAAACUCAUCGCAGAGGCCAAGGACAACAUCAUUAAGGUAGAUCAUGUUACAGCAAAUCUAGCUACAUCCAGGACUCAACAUAUUGUAUUCCAUAUGAUGGUGAGUCGGCAUAACUCGAUCAUUAGACAUUUUUUGACUUUUUAUUAUUGUGAAUUCCAAUUGUUCCAGCACGUCUUGUGAAUUAGUCUGUUUCAAGCUUAAGUGUAAAUUAGGUCACGGUGUAUGAGUCCUCUUCCUGUUCACCUUUGACCUCAGUCGUGUUGCACCAGGCUGCAUAACUGGCUGAAGGUGUAGGUUUGUUGACCCUGUGAUAUUGUGUGUCUUGUCCAGUCGUGUUGCAGGAGGCUGUAUAACUGGCUGAAGGUGGCUCCCUACAGACCAGACCAGCAGGCGGAGGAGGAGGAUGAUGAUCUGAUGGACGAGAGUCAAGGAAAAGGCAUCAGAGUCCUGGGAGUGGCCUUCGCAGACAGCAGGUAUGUGGCGGGUGUCUGUAGCGGGUGUCUGUGGGAUGUUUCAAUGAAUGAUAACUAAACGGUACCAUUCUGUUACCAUAGAGAUGCGCCAGUGUUCUGUUCUCUGAUCAACGGAGAGGGAGAGGUGGUGGACUUCCUCCGUCUGCCCUACUUCCUGAAGAGGAGGAACGCAUGGAAGGAGGACGAGAGGGAAAAAAAGGUACAGAGCAGACGGACGACAAGAAUCUCCCCUCCCUCCCUCCCUAUCCCAUCGUAUCAUAUAAGCAGUUAUCCUCAUCACCUCAUCGAGGAUGUUGUAUGAAGUGUUAUCCGGUGUUUCCCCUUCAAUUAAUUAGCCUAGCUCUGUUGCCUCCUGAUUUAAAUCAUUUGGCUUCAGUUGGUUUCAAUAGAGCAUUUUGAUGUCAGCUGACCUAUAGGCUGCUAUGGGGGAAACCUUAUUGCUGAUCUCAGUGGAUUUGAUUUGAGGCUGUAUUACAGUCAUAUUUGAGUCAUUUAGCAGACACUCUUAUCCAGAGCGACUUACAGGAGCAAUUAGGGUUAAGUGCCUGGCUCAAGAGCACAUCAACAGAUUUCUCACCUGGUCGGCUCGGGGAUUCAAACCUGCAACCUUUCGGUUACUUGCCCACCGCUCUUAACCGCUAGUCUACCUGUAUUAUAGUGAUCUGAUGGUGUGUUUUGUCUCCUCAGCUGCAGGACAUUGAGAACCUGAAGAAGUUCCUGACCAGUAAGAAGCCUCACGUGGUGGCUGUUGCCGGGGAGAAUAGGUGAGCUCCCCUCCCACUACCUCUCUUUCACACCCUCCUGGAAGGCUGCAAAACAGCUUUUUGUUCCCAGACCAGCACUUGGACACCUGCCCUGUUCUUUUCUAAAACAAGCCUUUCUUAUUUGGCACGUUCAGACAUAACCUCUUAUUUCUCUAUGGGUGUUCUCUCAUGCCUAGGAACUAAUCGCGUGUGUGUGUGUGUGUGUGUGUGUGUGUAGGGACGCCCACAUGAUAAUGGAGGACAUUAAGAGGACAGUGAGUGAGUUGGAGCAGGAGUCUUCUCUGCCUGCUGUGGGAGUGGAGCUGGUGGACAACGAACUGUCCAUGCUCUACAUGAACAGUACCAAGUCUCAGGUACACACACUGUACACAUACACAGCACACCACACACACACUCAUACACACAGUCCACAUGAACUGCAAGAAAUCAAGUUUACUUGGACACUUGCAGCAUGAAUACAUAGCUGCAUCUACACACAUUCCUGAUGACAAUAAUAGAAACAUGUUAAUGACGGGUCGGUAUCCUAUCUUCUCAUAUGAAGAAGAGAAAGAUGAAUUAGUGCUGAAGAGAGAGAUCUAGUAGUAGAGAGAGAUGGAAGAGAGAGUAGAGGAGAGGAAGAGAGAGAGAGAGAGAGGAAGAGAGAGGAGAGGAGAGAAAGAGAAGAGAGAGAGAGAGGAAGAGCUAGAGAGAGAUGGUAAAGAUAGAGGAGAGAGCGGGAAAGAGAGCGAGAGACAGGGACAGAGAGAGAGAGCGGGAAAUAAGAGAGAAGAAGGGGACAGAGAGACGAUGCGAGGACGGAUAAGAUAGCUGAGAGCUAGCAUGAGAGGGGAGGAGUCAAUCUGUGAUCUUCCGAGCAUUAGCAAAUUCUGAGAUGAGAUGAGGGAAUGCAGAUAUGAGAUAUGAGACUGCAUCUCUUCUCUAUGUCCUCUCUUAGAUCUGUCAGCUUCUUCUACUUCUGUCUUUUAUCGGGACAGUCUAUUCUGCGAUCGCAUUUAGAUCGCGCAGAAUCUGUCUAAGAGGGAGAAGAGAGCGCGUAAGAAUAGAAAGAGGGAAGAGAGAGCAGGGCGAAAGGAGGAGAGAAGAGAGAGGAGAGCGAAAGAGAGAGAGGUAAGAGGAAGAGAGAGAUCGUCUCUGUCUCUCUCGCUCUGUCUCUCGUCUCGUCCCCUCUCCGUCUCUAUCUUGUCCUCUAUCUUGUUCUCUCUUGCUAUCUCUCUCUCUCCUAUAUCUCUCUUCUCUUCCUCUCUCUCUACUCUGUCUCUGCUCUCUUCCUCUCUCCUCUGUCUCAUCUCUCUCUCUCUCUCUCUCUCUCUGUCCGCUCUCUGUCUCUCUCCUCUCUGUCUCUCUCUCUCUUCCUCUCUCUCUCUGUCCCUAUCUCUCUCUCUCUCUCUCUUCUCUUCUAUCUCGUCUGCUCUCUCGUUCUCUCUGCUCUCUUCGGCUCUUAGUCUCUCAUCUCUUCUCUCUCUCUCUCUCUAUCUGUCCCUCAUCUUCUCUUCUUGAUACUCUAGUCUCUCUGCCUCUAUCUCCCCCCCCCAUCCCCCCCCCAGAGGACUUCCGUGACUACCCUCCGCUGCUGCGCCAGGCUGUGUCAGUAGCCAGGAAGAUUCAGGAUCCCUUGUGGAGUACGCUCAGGUUUGCAGCACAGACGAAGACAUCCUCUGCCUCAAACUACACCCUCUACAGGUGAGACUGUGGUGUGUGUGUGUGUGUGUACAGGGAAGGAUUCAUCUGAUCAAGGAUAUUCUGUGCAAGGGUAUCAAUACUCGUACCGGCUGUAUUUCUGUAUUUUGAAAGUCAUACAUCUUGAAAACUUGAUUGCUGACAAGCAAAACAUUUUGGGACUAUAUCAACAAUGGACUAAUAAAACGAAUACCAAAAGAUAGUUUUGGGAUGGCGUUGUCCUUUAAGUGGCCUUUGCAGGUACUGAAGGGGACAUUAAUUUAAUUGUACACUAACACUUGUACCCCUCCCCUCCCAGGAGCAUGUAGUAAAGGAGGACCUGCUGAGUGCUCUGUACUGUGAGUUUAUAAACCGGGUCAAUGAGGUGGGGGUGGAUGUGAACAGAGCCAUCUCUCACCCCUACACACAGAGCCUGGUGCAGUUCGUCUGUGGCCUCGGACUGAGGAAGGGAUCACACCUGCUCAAGGUCUGUGUGUCUCUUUUUGUCAGUUGCUCUCUCUUUGUCCGGCUGUGUCUCUCUCUGUCCGGCCGUGUGGCUCUCUCUCUGUCCGGCCGUGUGUCUCUCUCUGUCCGGCCGUGUGUCUCUCUCUGUCCGGCCGUGUGUCUCUCUCUCUGUCCGGCCGUGUGUCUCUCUCUCUGUCCGGCCGUGUGUGUCUCUCUGUCCGGCCGUGUGUCUCUCUCUGUCCGGCCGUGUGUCUCUCUCUGUCCCGGCGUCUGUCUCUCUCUGUCCGGCCGUGUGUCUCUCUCUGUCCGGCCGUGUGUCUCUCUCUGUCCGGCCGUGUGUCUCUCUCUGUCCGGCCGUGUGUCUCUCUCUGUCCGGCCGUGUGUCUCUCUCUGUCUGUCUGUCUGUCUCUCUAUCUGUGCAGGUUUUGAGUCAGAGCCUUGUUCAGUAUGUCUUUGCUUACUGCUUAGUGCUUACUCCUUAGUGCUUACUCCUUAGUGCUUACUCCUUAGUGCUUACUCCUUAGUGCUUAGUGCUUACUCCUUAGUGCUUAGUGCUUACUCCUUAGUGCUUACUCCUUAGUGCUUACUCCUUAGUGCUUACUCCAUACCGGUACAUCAGGGUUCUUCAAAUCCGGUCCUGGAGGGCCGAAACACUUCUGUUUUUUAUUUCUACCUGGUAGUUAAUUGCACUCACCUGGUGUCCCAGGUCUGAAUUAGCCCCUGAUUAGAAGGAGAGGAUGAAAAACAGAGGUGUUUCGGCCCUCCAGGACCGGUAUUGAAGAACCCUGCGGUACAUGGUCUGUAUUCUUUCUCACCUCUCCACUGUGAGUCCGGUGUCAUGCAAAUGUGUAUCUUGACCUGUGUCCUGUGUUUAAGAGCAGCAUUAGACAUUUAUACUGUAUUAUUAUACCAAUGUGUGUGUCUCCUACCCUUCUCUCUCUCUCUCUCUCUGUGUGUGGUUGCUUCAUCCCCGUACAUGGUCUGUAAUGUUUCUCUCCUCCCCUGGUCCAGAUCCUGAAGCAGAAUAACACUCGCCUGGAGAACCGGACUCAGCUGGUCACCAUGUGUCACAUGGGCCCCAAGGUCUUCAUCAACUGUGCUGGCUUCAUCAAGAUAGACACCGCCUCGCUCGGAGACAGGUACGUGGGUGGGCCUGGAUGGUAGGGAUAUUUCCAUUCAUCCAUGGUGUUGUUCUGCUUAUAGUCCACUGGAUUCUCUUUGUAUGUCAUUCUGACUCCCCCCCCCCCUCUGCAGUACUGACUCGUACAUCGAGGUUCUGGACGGGUCCCGAGUGCACCCGGAGACAUACGAGUGGGCCAGAAAGAUGGCGGUGGACGCUCUGGAAUACGAUGAGUCCGCGGAGGACGCCAACCCGGCCGGAGCGCUGGAGGAAAUCCUGGAAAACCCAGAGCGCCUCAAAGACCUGGAUCUGGAUGCCUUCGCUGAGGAGCUGGAGAGACAGGUACAGAAAGAGAGAGGGUGUGUGUGGUUAGUGUGAUUGUGUGUAGUACACAGCUGUACAAUUAUAGAUACCAUAGGUGUUAUAGGUCAGGGAUGGGUAACUCCUCGAGGGCCUGAAUGGUGUCACACUUUAGCCCCAGCUCCAGCUAACACACCGGACUACAAUAAUCAAAAAAUCAUGAUCUUCAGUUUAGUUUCAUCAGCUUUGUUUGCUAGGGAUGGGGGAAAAGAGGACUGGAGUUACCCAUCCCUGUUAUUGGUCAUUGUUACUUGCCAGCAUCUGGAUUAGGGCUCUCCAACCCUGUUCCUGGACAGCUACCCUCCUGUAGGUUUUCACUCCAACCCUGUUCCUGGACAGCUAACCUCCUGUAGGUUUUCACUCCAGCCCUGUUCCUGGACAGCUAACCUCCUGUAGGUUUUCACUCCAACCCUGUUCCUGGACAGCUACCCUCCUGUAGGUUUUCACUCCAACCCUGUUCCUGGAGAGCUACCCUCCUGUAGGUUUUCACUCCAACCCUGUUCCUGGAGAGCUACCCUCCUGUAGGUUUUCACUCCAACCCUGUUCCUGGACAGCUACCCUCCUGUAGGUUUUAACUCCAACCCUGUUCCUGGACAGCUACCCUUCCUGUAGGUUUUCACUCCAACCCUGUUCCUGGACAGCUAACCUCCUGUAGGUUUUCACUCCAACCCUGUUCCUGGACAGCUACCCUUCCUGUAGGUUUUCAGUCCAACCCUGUUCCUGGAACAGCUACCCUCCUGUAGGUUUUCACUCCAACCCUGUUCCUGGACAGCUACCCUCCUGUAGGUUUUCAGUCCAACCCUGUUCCUGGACAGCUACCCUCCUGUAGGUUUUCACUCCAACCCUGUUCCUGGACAGCUACCCUCCUGUAGGUUUUCACUCCAACCCUGUUCCUGGAGAGCUACCCCCCUGUAGGUUUUCACUCCAACCCUGUUCCUGGAGAGCUACCCCCCUGUAGGUUUUCACUCCAACCAGUUGUAACUAACCUGAUUAAUCUUAUCAACCACCUAAUUAUUGGAAUCCGGUGCGCAAGAUUAGGGUUAUGGUAACAAGGACCUAUAAUAUUUACGUGCUAACCUGUGUUUUUCCUGUGGUUUGUAGGGUUAUGGCAACAAGGACCUAUAAUUUUGACAUGCUAACCUGUGUUUUUCCUGUGGUUUGUAGGGUUAUGGUAACAAGGGAAUCACCCUGUAUGAUAUCCGUGCUGAGUUGAGCUGCAGGUAUAAGGACCUGAGAGUUCCCUACAGAGCUCCUAACACUGAGGAGGUGUUUAACCUGCUCACCAAGGAGACACCUGAGACCUUCUAUAUAGGUAACACACUGACACACACACACCCUUACCUUCUACGUAGGUAACCCACUCCCCCUUACCUUCUACAUAGGUAACCCCCUCCCACACCCCCUUACCUUCUACAUAGGUAACCCACUCCCACACCCCCUUACCUUCUACAUAGGUAACCCACUCCCACACCCCCCUUACCUUCUACAUAGGUAACCCACUCCCACACCACCUUACCUUAUACAUAAGUAACCCACUCCCACACCCUUACCUUCUACAUAGGUAACCCACUCCCACACCCCCUUACCUUCUACAUAAGUAACCCACACCCUUACCUUCUACAUAGGUAACCCACACCCUUACCUUCUACAUAGGUAACCCACUCCCACCCCCUUACCUUCUACCUAGGUAACCCACCACCCACCCCCUUCUACAUAGGUAACCCACCACCCACACCCCCUUACCUUCUACAUAGGUAACCCACUCCCACCCCCUUACCUUCUACAUAGGUAACCCACUCCCACACCCCCUUACCUUCUACAUAGGUAACCCACACCCACCCCCUUACCUUCUACAUAGGUAACCCACACCCACCCCCUUACCUUCUACAUAGGUAACCCACCCCCUUACCUUCUACAUAGGUAACCCACACCCACACCCUUACCUUCUACAUAGGUAACCCACUCCCACCCCCUUACCUUCUACCUAGGUAACCCACACCCACCCCCUUCUACAUAGGUAACCCACACCCACCCCCUUACCUUCUACAUAGGUAACCCACUCCCACACCACCUUACCUUAUACAUAAGUAACCCACACCCACCCCCCUACCUUCUACAUAGGUAACCCACCCACACCCCCUUACCUUAUACAUAAGUAACCCACACCCAACCCUUCCCUUUCUACAUAGGUAACCCACACCCUUACCUUCUACAUAGGUAACCCACUCCACCCACCCCUUACCUUCUACCUAGGUAACCCACACCCACCCCCUUCUACAUAGGUAACCACACCCACACCCCUUACCUUCUACAUAGGUAACCCACCCCACCCCCUUACCUUCUACAUAGGUAACCCACUCCCACCCCCUUACCUUCUACAUAGGUAACCCCACCCCCUUACCUUCUACAUAGGUAACCCACACCACACCCCUUACCUUCUACAUAGGUAACCCACUCCCACCCCCUUACCUUCUACAUAGGUAACCUACACCCUUACCUUCUACAUAGGUAAACCCCUCCCACCCCUUACCUUCUACAUAGGUAACCCCACACCCCUUACCUUCUACAUAGGUAACCCACUCCCACACCCUUACCUUCUACAUAGGUAACCCACACCCACCCCCUUACCUUCUACAUAGGUAACCCACACCCACACCCUUACCUUCUACAUAGGUAACCCACACCCACCCCCUUACCUUCUACAUAGGUAACCCACACCCUUACCUUCUACAUAGGUAACCCACUCCCACACCCUUACCUUCUACAUAGGUAACCCACACCCUUACCUUCUACAUAGGUAACCCACACCCACACCCCCUUACCUUCUACAUAGGUAACCCACACCCACCCCCUUACCUUCUACAUAGGUAACCCACACCCUUACCUUCUACAUAGGUAACCCACUCCCACACCACCUUACCUUAUACAUAAGUAACCCACACCCACCCCCCUACCUUCUACAUAGGUAACCCACUCCCACACCCCCUUACCUUAUACAUAAGUAACCCACACCCACACCCUUACCUUCUACAUAGGUAACCCACACCCUUACCUUCUACAUAGGUAACCCACUCCCACCCCCUUACCUUCUACCUAGGUAACCCACACCCACCCCCUUCUACAUAGGUAACCCACACCCACACCCCCUUACCUUCUACAUAGGUAACCCACUCCCACCCCCUUACCUUCUACAUAGGUAACCCACUCCCACCCCCCUUACCUUCUACAUAGGUAACCCACACCCUUACCUUCUACAUAGUAACCCACACCCACACCCCCUUACCUUCUACAUAGGUAACCCACACCCACACCCCCUUACCUUCUACAUAGGUAACCCACACCCUUACCUUCUACAUAGGUAACCCAUUCCCACCCCCUUACCUUCUACAUAGGUAACCCACACCCUUACCUUCUACAUAGGUAACCCACUCCCACACCCUUACCUUCUACAUAGGUAACCCACACCCCACCCCCCUUACCUUCUACAUAGGUAACCCACACCCCACCCCCCUUACCUUCUACAUAGGUAACCCACACCCACCCCCUUACCUUCUACAUAGGUAACCCACCACCCAACACCCUUACCUUCUACAUAGGUAACCCACACCCACCCCCUUACCUUCUACAUAGGUAACCCACACCCUUACCCUUCUACAUAGGUAACCCACUCCCCACACCCUUACCUUCUACAUAGGUAACCCACAACCCUACCUUCUACAUAGGUAACCCACACCCUUACCUUCUACAUAGGUAACCCACACCCACACCCCCUUACCUUCUACAUAGGUAACCCACACCCACACCCCCUUACCUUCUACAUAGGUAACCCACUCCCACACCCUUCCUUCUACAUAGUAACCCACACCCCACCCUUACCUUCUACAUAGGUAACCCACACCCACCCCCUUACCUUCUACAUAGGUAACCACACCGUACCUCGACAUAGGUAACCCACUCCCACACCCUUACCUUCUACAUAGGUAACCCACAACCCUUACCUUCUACAUAGGUAACCCACACCCACCACCCCCUUACCUUCUACAUAGGUAACCCACACCCACCCCCUUACCUUCUACAUAGGUAACCCACACCCACACCCUUACCUUCUACAUAGGUAACCCACACCCACACCCCCUUACCUUCUACAUAGUAACCCACUCCCACUCCCUUACCUUCUACAUAGGUAACCCACACCCACACCCCCUUACCUUCUACAUAGGUAACCCACUCCCACCCCCUUACCUUCUACAUAUGUAACCCACUCCCACCCCCUUACCUUCUACAUAGGUAACCCACACUCACCCCCUUACCUUCUACAUAGGUAACCCACACCCCACCCCCUUACCUUCUACAUAGGUAACCCACACCCACCCCCUUACCUUCUACAUAGGUAACCCACACCCUUACCUUCUACAUAGGUAACCCACUCCCACACCCUUACCUUCUACAUAGGUAACCCACACCCUUACCUUCUACAUAGGUAACCCACCCCCUUACCUUCUACGUAGGUAACCCACACCUACCCCCUUCUACAUAGGUAACCCACACCCACACCCCCUUACCUUCUACAUAGGUAACCCACUCCCCACCCCCUUACCUUCUACAUAGGUAACCCACUCCCACCCCCUUACCUUCUACAUAGGUAACCCACACCCACCCCCUUCUACAUAGGUAACCCACACCCACCCCCUUCUACAUAGGUAACCCACACCCACCCCCUUACCUUCUACAUAGGUAACCCACACCCUUACCUUCUACAUAGGUAACCCACACCCACCCCCUUACCUUGUUCAUUGGUAGCACUCACACCACCCUAAUCCACUCACACUAUCUUCACACCCUCUCAGAUUCUGCUUACAUGUACAGUUGCUCACUCUGCCUCUCCCUCUGUCUCCAGGGAAGCUGAUCACCAGUGUAGUGACCGGUAUAGCCCACCGGCGCCCCCAGGGGGAGAGUUAUGACCAGGCCAUCAGGAACGACGCUACAGGCCUGUGGCAGUGCCCCUUCUGUCAACAGGACAACUUCCCUGAACUCAGCGAGGUGAGACAUCAUGACCUCUAACCCCUCACCUGUUCCUUUCCCCGCGACUCUGACGUGGUUACUUAGGGAAGUCACUAACUGUAAGUCGCUCUGGAUAAGAGCGUCUGCUAAAUGACUAAAAUGUAAAAUUAGAACAAAUCAGCGGGACGUGAUGUAUUAUUUAUUUGUAAAUUAUUAUUUACUUUCUCCUCUCUCUCUCUUCCUCUCCUCUCUCUUCCUCUCCUCUCUCUCCCCCUCUCUUCCUCUCUUCCCUCUCCUCUCUCUUCUCUCCUCUCUCUCUCCUCUCCCUCUCUCUUCCUCUCCUCUCUCUCUUCCUCUCCUCUCUCUCUUCCUUCCUUUCUCUCUCUUCCCUCUCUCUCUCUCCUCUCAUAUGCUUAGUGUGAACCUAUUUGCACUGGUUCUUGUCCUGGCCCAGCUAUCGUGUGAGGGCUAGGUGUGGAAACCGUUUUGACAGGGCUUCGUUCCCCGCAAAUGGGGUCGGAUGGACAAGGUGGCUCAAUCCCCUACCAAUUCAAGGGGAACACAGACUGGCAAAACACGUCACACAAACCAAACACACACAUUCUGGUCCCGGAGAGCACACACAGGCUGGGUUUCCCUCUUCUUCUCUCUCCAGACUCAAACUUGUUGGUGACUGGAGUUGGUUCAGUACAUUCAGUACUUACUGUGUUCCCUAACUCUCCUGCCUCCUCUCCAGGUGGGUAUGACGGUACACUGCGCUCAGAAGAUCGACAUCGAGAAGUUAACGUGGACACCUGACGUGUCGUACUCUGACCUAUGGUAAGAACAAGAGUGGAGCUUUCAAGACGGUACACUUUGCACGGAGACAGAGGACACCAAGAAGAGAGGUCAAGAGAAAACAACCAGAGAACCAGUUAGUAUACAGCCAGUAAACAGUAGUGUACAGAGAACCAGUUAGUAUACAGCCAGUAAACAGUAGUGUACAGAGAACCAGUUAGUAUACAGCCAGUAAACAGUAGUGUACAGAGAACCAGUUAGUAUACAGCCAGUAAACAGUAGUGUACAGAGAACCAGUUAGUAUACAGCCAGUAAACAGUAGUGUACAGAGAAGAAACAGAGAACCAGUUAGUAUACAGCCAGUAAACAGUAGUGUACAGAGAACCAGUUAGUAUGCAGCCAGUAAACAGUAGUGUACAGAGAAGAAACAGAGAACCAGUUAGUAUACAGGGUUAGGGUCAGGUUAGGGCUGAAACAGUGCAUGUUUUUAUUUGAACUUUGUGAACAAACCAAGACUACGAUGUACCUUCUUAACGUUACUCUUCUGUUUCUCACUUUCCUCUCCUCCCUUCUAUCCUCUCCUCCCUCUAUCCACCCUCUUGCCCCCUCUCUUCUCUCUCCAGCCUAUAUAAAACGUGUGAUCGCCCACCCAUCCUUCCAUAACAUCAACUUCAAGCAGGCUGAGAAGAUGAUGGAGUCUAUGGACCAGGGAGACGUUGUUAUCAGGCCGAGCAGCAAGGGAGAGAACCACCUCACCGUCACCUGGAAGGUAUGGAGGGAUAGAGGGAGGGAUGGAUCAGGGAGGUGUCACAUGGUAGGUAUGGAGGGAGGGGUGGAUCAGGGAGGUGUCACCUGGAAGGUAUGGAGGGAGGAGUGGAUCAGGGAGGUGUCACAUGGAAGGUAUGGAGGGAGGAGUGGAUCAGGGAGGUGUCACAUGAUAGGUAUGGAGGGAGGGGUGGAUCAGGGAGGUGUCACAUGAUAGGUAUGGAGGGAGGGGUGGAUCAGGCAGGCGUCACAUGGUAGGUAUGGAGGGGGGGGUGGAUCAGGGAGGUGUCACAUGGUAGGUAUGGCUAGAGAGGGGGAGAGAGGAGUGCUGUAGAUGGGUGCAUAACCCCCCAAAAAGUAAAAUACUGCACUGAUAGGCUACUGUAUAAAACAAGUGGUCCAUCAACCCUCUAUCUGGAGAGCUACUGGAAGUGCAGGCUUUUGAUCCAACCCUGCUCAAACACACCAGUCAGCUUAUUUUUACAAUGUGGUGUGUUAGAGCAGGGCUGGACCAAGAGCCUGCACACCCAGAAUCUCCUUCUAGGAUGGUUGGCCACCCUGCAACAUUACAAUUACAACCUCCUGUAGCUCAGUUGGUAGAGAAUGGCGCUUGCAACGCCAGGGUUCUGGGUUCGAUUCCCACGGGGGGCCAGUAUGAAAAAUGUGUGUACUCACUUAACUGUAAGUCGCUCUGGAUAAGAGCGUCUGCUAAAUGACUAAAAUGUAAAUGAACAUUUUUUUUUAAAUGUCUUUAUAAAAUAAUUCCCUCAUUCAAUGAACCGUUAAUGUCGAGCCCUGUGUGUAUGUGUUGACCGACAGGUUGAUUAAUUUGUUGUUGGAUGCUAAUCAGAUGUGUUAUGUGUAGGUGGCUGACGGUAUCUACCAGCACGUUGACGUGAGAGAGGAGGGCAAGGAGAACGCCUUCAGCCUGGGACACACACUCUGGAUCAACACUGAGGUGAAGACCGUGUGUGUGUGUGAGAGAGAGAGAGCGCGAUGGGUUGUCUACAUGCCUGUUCCACAACUCAAACUGAUCUCUCUACCCCCCCCCUUGCUCUCUCUCUGCCCCUUCUUUCUCUGUCUCCCCCCUCCCUCAUCUCUCUCCCUCCCUCAUCUCUCUCUCCCACUCCCUCCCUCUAGGAGUUUGAGGAUCUUGAUGAGAUCACAGCUCGUUAUAUUCAGCCAAUGGCAGCGUUCGCUCGCGACCUGCUGGGACACAAGUACUUCCAGGACUGUAACGGAGGGGACAGGAAGGUAUGGGGGGGGGGGGGGAAUAUAGUCUUAACCACAGGAAAGUGUUUUAUUUUGAUUCACCUCAAAAGUCUCUCACAGAGUAUUGGUUUGACAAAGACUUACAAAGAAAAUAACCUCCUGGUUUGAUCUCUCCAGUGACAGUUUGUUUGUAUUAUUAUUCUCUUUAUUUAUAAAGCUACACAUCUCCAUUUUAUUCAUCUCCUCUCUCUGUCUCCCCGUCCCUCUCUCUGUCUCCCCGUCCCUCUCCCUGUCUCCACGUCCCUCUCCCUGUCUCCACGUCCCUCUCUCUGUCUCCCCGUCCCUCUCCCUGUCUCCCCGUCCCUCUCCCUGUCUCCCCGUCCCUCUCCCUGUCUCCCCGUCCCUCUCUCUGUCUCCCCGUCCCUCUCUCUGUCUCCCCGUCCCUCUCCCUGUCUCCCCGUCCCUCUCCCUGUCUCCCCGUCCCUCUCCCUGUCUCCCCGUCCCUCUCCCUGUCGCCCCGUCCCUCUCCCUGUCGCCCCGUCCCUCUCUCUGUAUGGUAGAAAAUGGAGGAGUUGUUGAUCAGGUCUAAGAAGGAGAAACCUACGUUCAUCCCCUACUUUGUCUCAGCCUGUAAAGACCUGCCUGGGAAGUUCAUACUGGGAUACCAGCCUCGUGGCAAACCACGGUGAGUUACCAUGACUACAGCUAACUAAUCCUAACCAUGGUGAGUUACCGUGACUAUAGCUAACUAAUCCUAACCACGGUGAGUUACCAUGACUAUAGCUAACUAAUCCUAACCAUGGUGAGUUACCAUGACUAUAGCUAACUAAUCCUAACCACGGUGAGUUACCAUGACUACAGCUAACUAACCCUAACCAUGGUGAGUGACCAUGACUAUAGCUAACUAAUCCUAACCAUGGUGAGUUACCAUGACUAUAGCUAACUAAUCCUAACCAUGGUGAGUUACAUGACUAUAGCUAACUAAUCCUAACCAUGGUGAGUUACCAUGACUAUAGCUAACUAACCCUAACCAUGGUGAGUUACCAUGACUAUAGCUAACUAACCCUAACCAUGGUGAGUGGUUGACGACCAUAGAAAUGGAAUGAAUAGAACGGGCGUCUCCAUUCAAGUAAAUGAUGCCAUAAUGGGUUGUCUGGCAGCCAUUUUGAGGGUACCCAUAGGAGCAAAGCAGGAAGUAAAAGCAGGAUGUGUACCCAUCAAUAUGAUUUGCUGAAUCAACCCAAUUGACAUUACAAAAAAUACAUUCCAUUGCAUGAGCCACAUCAGUUAACAUCAUUUGAAUGAACAUUCUGCAUUACCAUGGAAAUUAUUGCAUCACAAUACCAUGCAGCCAUUACGAGUGUAUCCAUGAGUUUACCAGUCAAAUUGCCAGGGUUAGAGGUUCCAAGACCGUUCUAUUCAUUAUAUGUCUAUGUUGUGGACCUUGUCCCUGACCUCAUCUCUCCCAUAGAAAUACCAUGGUCUCUCCCCACAGCCUUAAAUCAAAUUAAAUGUUAUUUGUCACAUGCUUGGUAAACAACAGGUGUAAACUAACAGUGAAAUGCUUUCUUACUUCCUUCCCAACAAUGCAGAGAGAAAAAUAUAGAAAAAUUAUAACACCAGGAAUAAAUACACAAUGAGGAAUGAUAACGUGGCUACAUACACAUCCUAGAAGGAUGGUUCAAUAUUAUUCUAUUGGAUUGACAAUGGAAUUUGAAUAUAUGUGAUGAUUAUGACAGAGCUCAGAGCAGUAGAGUUGUUGUGGUUGGUUUUGAAAAUGUUGUCCUCUGUCUGUAGUGUUGAGUAUGUGACCAUCUCUCCUGACGGGUUCCGGUACCGCUCCCAGAUGUUCCCCACCGUUAACGGACUGUUCCGCUGGUUCAAAGACCACUUCCAGGAACCGGUACCAGGUACAUACUGCCCAUUGGCUAGAACACCUGUCAAUCUCUCUAGACCAGUGUGCCACUGCUGUAGUUGUCCUAUGUUGAUUGGGUAGGUUGUAAAGGUGUUUUUAUCUCCUAUACCAGUGGUCACCAACCUUUUCUGAGUCAAGAUCACUUCCGCAGUUAAAAAGCAAGCCGAAAUCUACCGCUCAUAUUUUUUUUACAUGACAGUCGGAUCUCUUUUUUUUUUCCAGAGUUCCCAUUUGUCUUGAACGCUCAGAAGUCUGAGGUUUCUGAAUUCCCAGUUGUUUUGAACACAGCAUUAGUCUCAGCGGAGGGAGGGAGGAAGGGAGAGAACAGCAGAGGGUCACGAUCCUAUCCUUUCUUUCUUCCCUUGAGACUGACCAGAGAGAGGACAGUCUCCACCUGAUGGCGAAACUCGAAUCGCACCGCAUCUGCCUCAGUCAUGCACAAAUUCAUGUUGUUCCUAUGACCAGAGAAAGUGAAAUACUCCUCGAUAUUAAAAUAUCCACGACGAGCUUCUAAUAAUAAUUAAAACGCAGGGCUAUCAACAAUCUUGGCUACUCAUUCCUUGCAGCUGCAGCGCGAGUGAAAUUAUGGAUACGUUUUUUUUUUAUGUUUUGUAAUAGUGUUGAAGAAAAACAAGGUUGGCAGUGCUGAAUACAUAUUUUUAACAUGAACUCGCUCAUAAAAACAGCAGCUCUUUGCUGUAUUCUUUGACAGUCUCUCUGUGGUCAUGGUUUUAAAAGUUAUUACAUCUAAAUUAGGCUAGUAUCAAACUUUGCAAUGACCUGGGGCCGUGGAAGCGCUGUAGGCGCACUCGAUUUAGCCACUGAUCUCCCGGUCCACUGGGUAGGCGGAGUUAGUUUUUUCAGACAAAUGAAAUGGUUCAAAAUGGGAACACUUUGCCUACCUGGUGCUCAGAGCUUCUCAAUCAAGUGCACCUACUUUUUUUUUUUUUAAAGGAGUGCAAGGCUUUACCACAGGCUUUACCACAGCCUUUACCACAGGCUUUACCACAGCCUUUACCACAGCCUUUACCACAGCCUUUACCACAGCCUUUACCACAGGCUUUACCACAGCCUUUACCACAGGCUUUACCACAGCCUUUACCACAGGCUUUACCACAGCCUUUACCACAGCCUUUACCACAGGCUUUACCACAGGCUUUAUCGUUGGCUUUUCUACAGAAACGUUUGGUGAUCGACGGGUUGGCGACCACUGUCCUAUCCUGUGGUUCCAAUAUCUGUUUCAUUUCCUCCCUCAGGCAUCACACCCAGCAGUAGCAGUCGAACACGGACACCUGCCUCUGUCAACACUACACCAGCUAACAUCAACAUCGCAGGUCAGUCUCUCUUACUCACUUUCUCUCUCACACAACACACACACACACACACAAACUCAUCUCCAUCCAAAUGUAUCAAUCCUAAAGUUGGUAAGCAAUUUCAUCCUAUCAAAUAUCCACUUUAGUAAUUCUGGUGGAUGUCUGAUGCUACUGUAGUGUUUAACUCUCCGUCUCUCCGUCUCUCAGACCUGACGCGAGCGGUCAGCGCUCUCCCACGCAACAUGACCUCCCAGAUGUUCAGUGCCAUCGCCGCGGUGACAGGGCAGGGGCAGGGCCAGAACGCCUAACACUACGCCCUGCCCAGUGGGGCUCCAGCCAAUACGGUUACACCGGGGGCAGCAGCGGGGGCGGGGGAGGCAGCUCCUCAGCCUAUCACGUGAGUGGAUUUAUAGCAUUGCUUUACCGAUGGUCCAAUGGCUUUGUUUUGUAUUGGGGUAAAAUGAAGCUAACUCGCCUCAUUCGCUGCCAGUGUGUAUCAACCACCUGGGUGAUGCUAAGGAAUCUUGUUGUGGCAGAAAGAUCAAACAUGGGUGUUCAUCACAUUGGAGAGAUGUGACGUGAAUAAUGUUAUCUUUUUCUACUGCUGUUUGCCACAAUUAUUUGAAUGUGUAGAUAGUGCUCCAUUUUAACCACCUCUCCCUCCCUCCUUCCCUCCAUCUCUCUCUCUCCAGGUGUUUGCGACGCCCCAACAGCCGAUGGCGACGCCCAUGAUGACCCCCAGCUACUCGUAUACCACCCCCAGCCAGCAGACCAUGGGUACCCCGCAGUACCCCUCCUCCACCCCCCAGUCCUCCCACUCCACAGAGCAGCCACGGACACCAGGGCCACAGCAGUCACCAGGGACACUCGUCCAACACACCCUCCUCCUCCUCCUCAUCCAGAGGACGCACUCCGCAGCAGCAGCCUAAGUAAGUCGAGACGGAGAGAUAGACAGGUUGUGUUUCAGUUGGAUGUGUGUGAUGAGUCAGUUGAUGGAAAAUGUUUUUUGAGUAGUUGGGAGUUUUUAGAAUAUGUCAGAAUAAUUCUAGAAGAAAUGACUACAUGUAUCCUGGGCUAUGGGUCGAUCUGGAAUGAAGAAGUUGUGUUCUGAAUCUCUAUUGUGAAUAUCAGAUUGAUUGCAAACUUUCAGUGGUGGUGGUAGCUAUGGAAAGACUACAACAUCCAAACUGGAAAGACUACAACAUCCAAACUGCCCUGUACCUAACCCCGCCCCUACUCUGUGUCUCCCUGCAGGUCGGGCGGCAGCGCGGCGGUGGACUGGGGCAAGGUGGCGGAGCAGUGGCUCCAGGAGAAGGAGGCAGAGAGGAAGAAGCAGAAGACACCCAGGAUGACCCCGCGACCUUCCCCCAGCCCCAUGAUCCAGAGCACGCCUAUGUCAAUUGCUGGAGACGCCACGCCCCUUCUGGACGAGAUGGACCGAUAGGAC